AUGGAACAAAUAAAAUGUCAACGAACUAACAAUAUGAAUAAUCAUGAUAAUAAUAAAAAACAAAAGAUACAAGUUGAAACGAAUCGGUGUUCAUUAGAACAACUCGUCACAUGUUUUGAAGAUCUUCCUAAUGAAUUAAUCGAUGAAAUAUUUGAAUUAUUGGAUUUUCAUUAUGUUUAUAGUGCUUUUUAUUCACUUAAUACACGAUUUCAUAAUCUAAUAGUUAAAUCAACGCUCCCAAUUGAAGUUAAUCUUUCGUCUAUAUCAAAAUCGACAUUUCAACGAUUCAAUAAAGAUAUUAUUCUAUCGAAUAAACAUCGAAUUCAUUCACUUCAUUUAUCGAAUCCAUGUUUAUAUGAUGAUAUAUCUUCACCAACUCAUAUUAUAUCCGACUUCCUACAUCUUGAAACGCUUAGUCUUAAUAAUAUGGAAUCACAAUAUCUUGAACAUCUCCUUGCAACAUUAGUUUCUUUACCAUGUCUUUCUUCAUUAUCUAUCAUAUCGACAGGCUAUAUGCAAAAUAAGACCUCUAUAUAUUGUCAUGUAGUCCGCCUACUCGCAUUAAAAUAUUGCAGUUUAUCAUUGAAGGGACCAUAUUACAAUGAAUUAUUAUCGCCAACAAUCGAUGAAUACAGUCCUAUCGAGUACUUAAUCAUCAGUCAUAAUAUAUCCAUCGAUGAACUGCAUAAUUUAUUAUCAUAUGUUCCAAAACUUCGACGUUUAUGUGUUUCUCGUGUAGUCGGCACUUCGCGGAAAUAUAUAAAAACAUCUCCAUUUGUAUUACCUUAUUUGACACACGUUUCACUUGAUCUUGGCUUCAUAAGGUUCAAUGUAUUUGAAGAAAUGAUCAUAGAUAUUUUUCAUUUGGUACAAGUUUUACAUAUUUACAUAUAUUUUAAUUCCGAUCAAACGUAUAUCAAUGCGAAUAGAUGGGAAAAAUUGAUAUUAUCUCGUAUGCCAAAUUUACGUAUAUUUGAUAUUCGAUAUGCAAAUUGGCCGAAAGAUCUUACUACCGACAAUCAUAAUUCUAAUCAAGUGAUAUCGAAUAAUCUAACUGAUAAGUUCCAAUCUUCAUUUUGGAUCGAACGCCAAUGGUCGUUUAUACAACAAUUUAUUCAGGAACGAGAUAGAAAUUACACAAUCUUCUAUUCGACAGAUCCAUAUAGGAAAAAAUAUUUAACAUUAUGUAAUCAACUUCAUCAAUCAACUUGUCUAAAUUCUAAGGAAACUCAUCUGCGAUCUGUCCAUCAUCUUCAAGUUGAUAGUGAAAAACAACUAAUCAAUUGCAAAUAUUAUUUUCCAAAUGUUACUAUACUUACUUUUAAAGAAGGGUUUUCAAUUACUCAUAAUUCAAUUGUAUUCAUGCUUAAUCAUGUUAUUCCUUUAAAACAA